AUGCUGCUUGAUCCAGUGCCACCACGUCGUGGAGCCCCCCGAGGUCUCCCUGAAGGGCCCAUGUACUCCCCACGCAGCAUCGAAGCGAAGUGCCUCAGGCUCUUUGUCCGUACCGAAGAAGGCGACAAACCCACGCAGGUCGAGCUCGAAUUUCUCCCUUCCUACUCUCCGGAUGACGGCCCCCUGCGAAUCAAGGUUGGCCGCAACAGCGAUGGCAAGCGCAGCAUAGGCUGGAUGAACCGUCUGGGGCGUGAUGUCAUGCCUCCCCUCCAUCGCAUCAGGGUCAGAGACCCUCUCCAUAACCAGAACUGUUGGGAAUGGGGCAUCGAGGUCAAGAGUCUCCUUACCCAGCCCGGUAUGAAGGAGAACACUGGCUUCUUUGAUCCCACAUACGACGAGAUUUUUCACAAGUACACAGUCUCUUACGACCCCCCUCUCGUCGGCGACCUCAUCCUCUCGCAAGCCUUUCAACCGGACAAGUUCUUUGAGUCUCCCGUCCACGGCCUGGAUAUAAUUCGCCCUCAUCGCCCUGAGCUCGCUCGCAUCAGCCACGAAACUGCCAAGUACUAUCCCUCCUUCAUAGGGUGGCAUCAGUACAUGAACGAUUGGGAACAGGAUGACAUUCGGGCUACCGCGCAACGGGUCGCCAAGCGCUGGACUGAGCUAAGAGAAAGUAUUGGCAAGAACAUGGUUCAACUAUUUGACGAACUGAACCAGCUCGGCGACAACGUGACAAAGACAAUCGAUCAGCCUGAAGCCAACCGCAAAGUCAUCAACUUGUUCGAAGACUUUCUCUCGCCGGGACGCCUCAUCCAGAAGUUCCCAGACGAGCCCGAUAGCUGCUUUGCGAGCAAGCCCCCCGACGAUGAAAGCUGGAGGAGGAUGGGUUUCAAGAUCAUCCUAUACCACCCAGACCAUGACACAAUCUCUCCUGUCGCGAUUGGCGAAGUGAAGCGCCCUGGAGGCUCAAUUCGAGAUGUUGAAGAACAGGGGCUUGGGGUCGCAACGCGUGCCAUCAACUCGUAUCGUUUGUCUGGCAUCCACGUUCUUACCGUGUGGGGUCUCAAAUUCCGAGCCUGGUAUACGACCAGCAGCGAGCAGUCGCUUGUGCCACUGUUUGGAUCCGCCCCAAGAGGCAAGAAUGAGUACAUUGACAUGACUUCUCCGAGCGGAGUCUUCGAGUUGGAGAGAACUAUCCACCUGAUCAAAGACGAGCCUCCAUUGCGGCAAGCACCCGUGGUGCCCAGUCAGCAAGACGAGAUGCACCAGAUGAUAGAGGCGGGGACUUUCUACUCAGAGGAAGGCGAUAGUGAGAUCAACCCAAUGUACCCAUGGGGGCAACAGCCCUCCGCCGACUAUCAGACAACCCAGGUCCCGCGGAUGGAGCCGAGUGUUAGAUAUCCCAGAGACGCGGCCUCGUGGAUGACAUCUCAGGAACCGUCUGCCCAAGAGGACAUGUCUAUCGAUGACCCAGAAGAGGCUGGCGAGGAUUCUGGGGCAGAAGGUGACAGCGGGGAGAAAGGCAAGGAGAAACUCAAGCCCAACGGCCAGAGAUCAGAGCAGUUUCAAUAUCGUUCUCGCGCAGACCCCCGUUCUCAGAGUCAGGCUGGACUUACUACAUACAAAUCAUGCGCCGGCCGUUGUGUCCAUGAUGACGGUAAGGACGUUGGCUGCCAUGUUUCCUGCCUCAGGAUCCCCAAGACCGUACAGAUCUAUCAUCUUCCCAUGGCCAAUACUUAUUCAUUCGAGCCUUCGGUCCAUCAAGAGAGGACACGAUGCCUUCGAGUACAGAAAGAGCUUGCGUCAGAGCUUCAGUACACUCUUCCUUUCCCGAUGGAGCUGAGAGCCCGUAUAGCUCAAGAACUCAUCAGAGAAUACAUUGUGGCGAAGAACAGCUCCCUGCUCGGCUGCUCGACUCUCAAGCCUUCCACCAUCACGAUUGCAUCAGAAAUCACGGAGACCUACACCGCUUUUGAAGGAGAGCAGUAUAUCAGCUCACUGGCCAACAACUCCUCGUCCUGCGAUACCUAUGUUCCGCCCAAAGUCAUCUACAUAGGCGAAGACCAUCUGGGCAUCAGGAGAUUGGUAUUCUCUAGGUCCAGGAUCAACCCCGAUGUUGACUGCGUGCCGGGCAUAUGGUGGAAGCCAUUGCCUGUCAGAGAGUCUGGCAUGGUCGAGUUCGCAAGUGAUGGUGUCAAGGUACGCUAUUUAACUUACAGAGACGACUUGGUAACAUAUGACACCCGACGCUUGUGCUCAUUCUCUAUUCCACAACACCCGGAGAACCGCUACCGCACAUACCUCGUCAAUCGACUGCAGGGUCCAGGGCCACCUCGGAUUUCUCGGUUCCAAUACAACCAUCCCGGCAUCACUGGCAUCUAUAUCUGCUGCAGCCCGUCUCCCGUUGCAUUUCAUGCCCAUACAUCCAACGACAAUUUGUCUUUCUAUCAGUCCAGCCCCAACCAGUCAGUUUGGGUCUACAUGCCUCUUGAACGGAACGAGCGCAUUACAAGAAUCUGGAUGCGAGCCCGCUUAUGCCUGAACAGAGAUGCAGCUCUCGCAUUUGAGACAGAUCGAGGACACACCGAGUUAUUCGGGGCUCAACCAACACCAGUUCUAUCAGCUUGCCAAUGGGUCCUUCUCGACACACCGCUGGGAUCACCCGGUCACUUUUUCUUCGACAACCAUCCAUAUGGCACCUGUCGGAUAUCUCUAGACACUCUACCUCCCAAGCAGACCUCAGGCUUCGCCCCUCCAGCGGCUUCUUCCGACUACCCGUACCUGCACAGCACUGAUGACUUUCUUUGGUCUUGCGCUUCUGUCGAGAACAUGGUUGCAGUAAGACCGUGCCGCCGCCAAACGGGAGACCUUGUGGAGAUUCUGGGAUUGCUGUUGUAUUACUCAGAUGGCAGACAGGCGCCUGUCGGCCAAGUCCGCUUUGACUACCUUGAUCAGCCAAUCCUGACAGACGGUUGCCAACUGAUAUAUCUCGGAUUUGAAAAGACCGAGCCAAAAGGCCCGUUUGUUUCUAGGGUCGAAACUUCUGCCGAUAACUUGGAUGAUAAGGUUAGCAUGUGGUUUGAGGUCUUUUUGAAGGGUGCUCUAGAAUGGUGGCUAUCAUAUCGACAGUGUCAAGUAUGCCAAGAUGGCCGUCGAAGUCUGCCUGUGAGAAUGUGA